AUGUUGUUAGCCCUACUAGGUACAGUCAGCAAUAUAAAGAUAUCCUUGUCAUAUUCUUUGACAAGUAUUUUAAUUAGAGCAAUACACAUUGGUUACUAUAUUAUGAUUUCAAAGGCAAGAGCAGGUAAUGGUGAAAGAAAAAGAGGUCGUAGACAACGACCACAACAACAACCACCAUUGGGACCAUUAAAAGGAAGAGAUAUCAUUCAAUUACCUUGUCUUGCAAUGAUAUCAAGAUAUGCAAUGCCGUGGCAGUUUAUUCGUCACUAUCUACCUGAUCAGUGUUUAGAGUUAAAAAGAAGAAGAUUACAAGUGAUUAGUGAAUACUGUUGGCAUAGGAAUGCAAAGUUGGAGACACUAAAACAUCUACUAGAAUGGUCACCAGACUAUGAACCAAAUGAAGCCUAUAUGAUAUACCAAAUCAUACAGGCUGGUAACCUAGAGAUCAUGACCUACAUACUCGAGAGAUACCCUAGUAUCGGUCAAAGAGCCCUCAGUAAUGCAAUUGAUGCUGCAUGCAAACUAGGUGAUCUCACAACUCUAAAGCUUCUCAAUACAUUUGAGAACGCUGAUUGUUCUCGGUAUGCUAUGUUUAAUGCUGUCAAGAAUGCAGACUUUGAAAUGGUAAAAUAUUUACACCAACAUAGAAAUGAUGGUUGUCACCAUUUUCCAUUCUCUGGUCAAAUUAAAUCAAAUUAUCUUGAUAUUCUUAAAUUCUUUCAUUUAAAUCAAGAAAAAUACCCAAAGAUAUUUGAUUCAAAUGUUUUAGAUUAUGCUGCAUGUAAUGGGUUCAUCGAUAUUGUAAAGUUUUGUCAUGAACAUAGAAAACUAGAUGGAGCAACAACGAAAGCAAUGGAUGAAGCGUCUUGUCAAGGUCACAUUGAAAUUCUUUUAUUCCUUCAUGAGAAUAGGACUGAAGGAGCAUCAACCGAUGCUAUAGAUAGAGCAGCCCAAAAUGGGUUCAUAGAAAGCAUAAAGUUUCUUCAUGAGAAUAGGAGUGAAGGGGCAACAUUCAAGGCAAUGGAUUUAGCAGCUAAAAAUGGUCAUAUGAACAUUCUAUUAUAUUUACAUCAGAAUAGGAGUGAAGGAGCAUCAUCCAAUGCUAUGGAUACGGCAGCUGAAAGAGGCUACUUUGAAAUUGUAAAGUUUCUUCAUGAGCAUCGUACUGAAGGAUGUUCUAGUGGUGCAAUUGACCAAGUGGUGAAAACUGAAAACAUGGAAAUCCUUUUAUACCUUGUUCACACUGUCAAAGCACAGUGUACAGAGGCAGCUGUUAAAACUGCAAUAGAACUUGGUAGAUUGGAUAUAUUGACUCUUUUACACGACCAUUAUGCAAAGUGCGAUAUUUGGAGUCAAAGAGACAUGGACUUGGCAGCGGGUUUGGGUAAUUUAGAAAUUGUAAAGUUCCUUGGUCAACAUCGUAGUGAAGGGUGUACAAAGAAAGCAAUCGACAGAGCAGCAACUAACGGUCACUUUGAAAUGGUUCAAUAUCUUUAUCAACAUCGUACUGAAGGUGCAUCAACAAGAGCAUUGGAUAGAGCAGCAACUAACGGUCACAUGGAAAUCCUCCAAUUCCUUUAUCAACGUAGAACUGAAGAUGCAUCAAUGGAUGCAAUGGAUGGUGCAAGUAAAAAUGGUCAUUUUGAAAUUGUUAAAUUUUUAAAUGAUCAUGAACAAGGAUGUAUAUCUCAGUCUGUAAGUUAUGCAUGUUCUGGAGGCAAUUUAGAAAUGGUAAAGUAUAUGGCAGAUAUUCUCAAGAGUAGAGAAUCAUUACCAGAGCAAUUAAACCAAAUAUUUGAAGAAUCAUUGGUACAUGCAGCCGAGGCAGGACAUAUUGAAGUUGUCAAAUACAUUCUAGCAACAUUUGAUAUACCCACACUACAUGAAAUGACAAUCUUACAAUUAAGUAGAGCAAGAGAUCAUUAUGAAAUUGUUGAUAUUUUAAAGAAUCGAUUCCCACAAUUAAUAAAUAAGUUUAAUUAA